GCCAUCAAUGACCACCUGGUCCCACACUUCAUCCAUGUCUUUGGGGACCUCUGAUCUCUUUAUGAACUGUUUCUUCCAUGAUGAAGAUGAGAUCUGGGAUGUCCAGCAACAUUAAUCUAGGAACUCAAGGCACUAAUACACCUCCAGGGUUGUGUGGGACCCCUGAUGUACAGGAGGACAGGACUUCAGUGCGGAACAUUUCCCUCACUCAGGAGUGGAAAGUAGCUUCUCCCUCAUGUGCAAACUGUGAUGUUUGUAAAGAUGGGACUUCUGUGAAAAACAUUUCCCACACUCAGGACAGGAAUACGGCUUCUCCCCUGUAUGAGAUCGCUGAUGUGUAUAAAGACUGUACUUCACUGAAAAAAAUUUCCCGCACUCAGAACAGGAAUACGGCUUCUCCCCUGUGUGAGAUCUCUGAUGUCUGUAAAGAUGAAACUUUUGUGAAAAACAUUUCCCGCACUCAGAACAGGAAUACGGUUUCUCCCUGUGUGAGAUCUCUGAUGUUUGUCAAG